AUGGUUAGCACACAUACCCUAUCCCUCUUCUUUCUCCCUCCCCCACAGCCGCCGGGUUCCAGCACCUUCCUUCCUCGUCUCCUUCUCCAGUCGCCGCCUCCCCUCCCCUCUCAGGCUCCCAGCUCCUCUCGUCUCAGAGGCCGCAUCAGGGCACCAGACACGCACCGUCGGUGCGACGUCCAGGCCGCCCCCACACCGUCCGGGGGGUGCGCGUUUGGACGUCGGGGGCAGCACGACCCGUCCCUGAGAGCUGCGUCGCGGUGGGUGUUGCCACCGAACGGCAAGGGAAGCGACGGCCUCCACUUCCCGCGGUGGCCGGCAGGAUAUGGCACUGGUGGAGUCAAACCCUCUUCGUCCGAUGCUAGCACGCUAAGCCGCAUUGAGCUAGCACUCUCAAGGUGCCUGGCCGAGGGGGCUGCGCCGACCUGCCACCGCAUUGUCGUGGGCCCGCGUCCGUCUGCUAUGGCAUCCUCACCACCGAUUUUUUCGCCGACCUUGGAGCUGUGAGGCGCUUGCCCCACCCCAGCUCCAGUUCCCUGUGUUUUACUUCUGAUUUUUCGAGGCAGUUUUUGGUUGUCCAUGCGCAGGGAACGGCGGUUCAUCUUGUUCUCGUCGGUGGAGAUGGGAUGCCCAAGAGCAUGUUCGAGGUGAUGUGGCAUGUCUCCGAUGAUGAGUCUGCGGUGAUGGAUGGAUCUGCAAAAUGGUGUUCUCCGCCUGAGAAUUUCUAGGACCCGUUGUAGAUUGAAUGUCUUCGUUUUGCUCCUCCAUAUGUGUAUUAUUUAGAAAUGUCUGUAAUUUUAAGUUCUGUUGUGUUUUUACUUCCGUGUAAAAUGGUUUUUUCUAGUGUGUUUAUGUA